CAGAGAGAGUGAGAGAGACUAUCCAGCAUUCAGUCUUUAUGCUUUCAGGGAGAGGAGAGAGAAAAACUACAGAGCCAUACUACUACAAUCUCCCUGACUGCUGGGAUUUCGGAACUCCUUCACUUUUAUUUGUUAACUUUUUUCACAAGCUUUCCUUAUUUUUUAAGAGUACAAUUAUUUGUUAAUUCUGAAGCGGAGGACCUGGCUGUUACUUUUUCUUGUGUUCUCUGGGAUAUUUCUCACGCCACUCUGCCCUCUGGUCUCCACACUGUGGACCAGAGACCUCUCUGCCCCGGCUGUGCCCCUGCUGUGCCCCUGACAAGGCUGUGGAACGGCUGCUUGUGGAACGGCUGCUUGUCGUCAGGGCUGGGUUGUUGCUUCUUCAUCUUUGCGGGGAAUGACCCUAGGAGGCGUGGGAUUGGUUGCACUCCAGGGACGCUCCUGAAAAGACUGCGGAGGGGACUCAAGGCGCUGUGGCCCCACGGAACUGAGAGAGCCGCCCCUCCCCCUCCUCAACCCCAAGACGCCCCAUUUCACUGCAGCAUGGAUCUCCCCCCAUUUAGAGGUCUCUCUGAUGUGCCGUGAGAGGUGCGACUCCCCCGUCCCGACCCCGUCCCGACCCCAUCCCCCUCCCUCGUGCCACUACUUCAAGGACCAGGAUGGACCCUCCCCCAGGUCGUGGCCCUGCCCUAGUCAGGAUGGACCUGGAUGGGCUGGACCUCCAGCAGGUGCCUGUCCUCUCCCUGGACCAGAUUCGCUCCAUCCGGGCCAGCAAUGACUAUGUGGAGCGCCCCGUGGCCCUGGACCACGCCUCACAUUCUGGCUUCUUUUACACCCACGACGACCACUACCCCAUCACCCAUGGGUACCCCCCUCAAGGUUACCUUCAUGGUUACUCUCAGGGGUACCCGUCCCACGCCCCUCUCCCCCGGAGCCAGAGCCAGCAGCAACACGCCCAUCUGACCCAUCUGAGUCGCUCCAGUACAGCCAGCUCAGCCAUGUCCCGGACCAGCGCUGCCUCCGACCAGAGACUCCUGGCGGGCCUGACGCCCUCCCACUCUGGCCUGGCCUCAGUGGUGCGCUCCCAGCCUAAAGGAGAACUCAAGCCUGAGGCUUCUCUAGGUAAAGGCCUGGAGGAGGGAGAGGACCUGGGCUUGCACCUGUUUAUCUGUGAGCGCUGUGGGAGGUGUAAGUGUCAGGAGUGCUGCGCCCCGCGGAGCCUGCCGUCCUACUGGGUCUGUAGGCAGCGCUGCCUCUGCUCUGCUCAGAGUGCUGUGGAGUACGGCACCUGUCUGUGCUGCGUUAAGGGCCUGUUCUACCACUGCUCCGCUCAGGAUGAUGAGGACAACUGUGCCGACCGGCCCUGUGCUUGCACGCCCGCCCACGCCUGCGCUCGCUGGGGUACCAUUGGCCUUCUGGCGCUGUGCCUGCCCUGUCUCUGCUGCUACCCACCUGCCAGACUGUGCCUCGCCCUGUGCCAGCGGGCCCACGACCGAGCCACCCGCCCCGGCUGCCGCUGCAGCAACACCAACACCGUGUGCCGCAAGAUCUCCACCUCCAACCCCAACCCCGGGCACGCCCCCUUCCGCAGCAAGUCCCUGGAGAAGCCUGUAUGACAGUGGUGCACCUGGAGUCAAU